AGUAGCUGUAGCAGCUUCAGCGAAGCCGGAGAUGGGCAGAGAGCGCGCGCGGCGCAGCAGCUCCAGAUUCACUGCUCUCCCCUGCAGCUCCCCGCGCCCCCGUCGCUGUCGCCGCCUCGGUGUCCCCCAGCUCCCGUCGCGCUCUUAGGACAGCGCCGCCACCGCCGCCUGGCCCUGCCUGCCUCCUGCGCCGCGCAGCCCUCGCGAGCGCCCCGGAUGGCGCUUUACCCCCAGGACUGGUUUAGAAUGUAAUAACUCAAGGAUUUGAUAAGACAGUGAAGUAGUAUAACAACUGUCUAUGUGCUUCCCAUGAUAUGUUCUCUAUAUUAAAAAAUUAUGACAUCAACAUCCAAAGGAAUUCUUCGCCCAUUUUUAAUUGUCUGCAUUAUCCUGGGCUGUUUCAUGGCAUGUCUUCUCAUUUACAUCAAACCUACCAACAGCUGGAUCUUCAGUCCAAUGGAAUCAGCCAGCUCUGUGCUGAAAAUGAAAAACUUCUUCUCCACCAAAACUGAUUAUUUUAAUGAAACUACUAUUCUGGUGUGGGUGUGGCCAUUUGGGCAGACCUUUGACCUUACAUCCUGCCAAGCAAUGUUCAACAUCCAAGGAUGCCAUCUCACAACGGACCGUUCACUGUACAACAAAUCCCAUGCAGUUCUGAUCCAUCACCGAGACAUCAGUUGGGAUCUGACAAAUUUACCUCAGCAAGCUAGGCCACCCUUCCAGAAAUGGAUUUGGAUGAAUUUGGAGUCACCAACUCACACUCCUCAAAAGAGUGGCAUUGAGCACUUGUUUAACCUGACUCUGACUUAUCGCCGCGACUCAGAUAUCCAAGUGCCUUAUGGCUUCUUGACGGUGAGCACAAAUCCCUUUGUGUUUGAAGUGCCAAGCAAAGAGAAGUUGGUGUGCUGGGUUGUGAGUAACUGGAACCCUGAGCAUGCCAGGGUCAAGUAUUACAAUGAGCUAAGCAAAAGCAUUGAAAUCCAUACCUAUGGGCAAGCAUUUGGAGAAUAUGUCAAUGAUAAAAAUUUGAUUCCUACCAUAUCUACUUGUAAAUUUUAUCUUUCCUUUGAAAAUUCAAUCCACAAGGAUUACAUCACGGAAAAGCUCUACAAUGCUUUUCUGGCUGGCUCUGUACCUGUUGUUCUGGGACCAUCUAGAGAAAACUAUGAGAAUUACAUUCCAGCAGAUUCAUUCAUUCAUGUGGAAGAUUAUAACUCUCCCAGUGAGCUAGCAAAGUAUCUGAAGGAAGUCGACAAAAACAAUAAGUUAUACCUUAGUUACUUUAACUGGAGGAAGGAUUUCACUGUAAAUCUUCCACGAUUUUGGGAAUCACAUGCCUGCUUGGCUUGUGAUCAUGUGAAAAGGCAUCAAGAAUAUAAAUCUGUUGGUAAUUUAGAGAAAUGGUUUUGGAAUUAAAAUUUUUCAUCACUUGCACACUUGAUAAAUAUUUUGAUGAAAUAUCAUCCAAGUAUUGAGGAUAAGAAGAGAUGCAACAUACUACUAUUGUGUCACAAUUUAUUUUUAUCACCCUCUCUAGGGUAACAUGUAUAUUUUGGUGGAGAUUUUUAAAAGCUCAGCAUGAGCAAUCAUUCCAUUUGGUUUUAAAUUAUCCUGUAUAUACCUAAUUAUGUGCACUGGAGAGUAAUUUAUUCUUCAUUAUCAUUUGUAAACAUUGUUUUUUCACA